AUGCCUGAGCGGACAACGAACGACGUUUGGACCGUUGCGUUUUCUCCACUUAGCCGUUGCAUCGGCUUCCCCGAUCCAAGUCCAACGCAGCUGAAACCCCACUUCAGCGUCACAGCUCAAGACCCACCUCGGCCCCUCUCCGAAGAGCACCGAAAGCACUGUGGAACGCCGUUCUGUUGCUCCUCGUUCUCUCCCGAUCAUCACAACAAACCACUUACUCCAUCUUUCGAAUUACCCCAGACAUCAACGAUCAUGAGCAAGCAAACAUACAACGUCGUCGUCCUGCCCGGUGACGGUAUCGGACCCGAAGUCGUCGAGCAAGCCACUCGCGUUCUCGAGCUCAUCUCUUCCAAGAGCACCACCUUCUCUAUCAACCUCAAGUCGUACGACUUCGGUGGCUGCGCCAUCGACUCUGCCGGCAAGCCUCUGCCCGAUGACACACUCGCUGCAUGCAAGGAGGCCGACGCCAUCCUGAUGGGUUCGGUGGGAGGACCCAAGUGGGGAGUUGGCAAGGUUCGACCCGAGCAAGGCCUUCUCGCUCUUCGCAAGGAGUUGGAUCUCUAUGCCAACAUCCGUCCCUGCCUGUUCCCCUCCGAAAGUCUGCUCUCGCACUCUCCCCUGAAGCCCGAGGUGGCCAAGGGAGUCUCGUUCAUCGUUGUGCGAGAAUUGGUGAAGGGAUUGUACUUUGGCGAUCGUCAGGAGGCCAACCUCGACGACCCCUCUUCCGACGGCGCAGCAUACGACACCAUGGUGUACAACAAGUUCGACGUCGAACGAAUCACAAAGCUCGCCUCCUACCUCGCCCUCCAAUCCAACCCUCCCGCACCACUCCACUCGAUCGACAAAGCCAACGUCCUCGCCACCUCGCGUCUCUGGCGUCGAGUCGUCCAAGACACCGUCGACUCGCAAUUCGCUUCCCGCGGUAUCACCGUCGACCACUCGCUCGUCGACUCCGCCUCCAUGGUCAUGGUCUCCAACCCACGCAAACUCAACGGCAUCGUCCUCACUGAAAACAUGUUCGGCGACAUCCUUUCUGACGAAAGCUCCGUCAUCCCCGGUGCACUCGGUCUUCUCCCUUCCGCCUCCCUCAGCGGCCUUCCAGAUGGAAAGGGCAAGUGCAACGGCCUGUACGAGCCCAUCCACGGUUCGGCGCCAGAUAUCGCCGGUAAGGGCAUCGCCAACCCGGUCGGAACCAUCCUCUCGGCCGCCAUGCUGCUCAGGUACUCGCUCAACCAGGGCGAGCUCGCCGACAAGGUCGAAGCCGCCGUCAGGAAGGUACUCGACGCAAAGGACAUCGGCGGUCUCGAGCUCAGGACCGCUGACCUCGGCGGAAAGCACGGCUCCAAGGACGUCGGCGACCAGGUCGUCGCCGUCCUCGAAAGCCUUCUCUAA